AUGAAGCUCUCAAAUUUAAAUGCAGGCAAAAUUGACAAUCCUGUUGUAAGAAAAAAAAGGUCACAUGGGAACAAUAUAUUAGAGGCACAUUCUAGUAUUUCUAGCAUUAAUACUGACACAACUAUUCAGUUUACUGAAGCAGAAUUUGCCAACAAUGAACCUGCUCCUAUAGAAGAAUUUCAAAGAAUAAAAAAUUUGUUGAAAUUUAAAAAAGAAUUAAUUGAAGCACAGGAUCGAAACAAAGUUCCUUAUGAGCAGUGGAAUUUACAUAUUGAACAAUUGUCACAUCAACUUGGAACUCAACCCCACGAAAUAAAAGAUUUAAAAAGGAAAUUAGUUGAUUCUUAUGGUCAAUUAACUGAAGCAAUGGAAAAAACAAAGUUCUUGUUGAGCAAUGGAAUUUGGUUUUAG